AUGCUGCACUCCGUUGCCAUGACAGCAGAAGUUCUCUUUGUUCUCGGCUUCCUGAUGAGCGGCUCUCAGUGCAGUCCUAUAGCGACCUUACCCGCGAGCCGAGAACGUCUGGAAAAGGUGUUAACCCAAGCCAGGGAGGACAAACAUCAGGACAAACCAGCCUCAGAGGAGCCGCUGGGAUACGGUGCUCAGCAGCGUCUGGAGGAAAUCAAUGCUUUGGGCCCCAACAGGACUGCCUUGAGCCGUGCCAGGCCGAGCCCCAGCUCCCAAACACGAGGAUCUAAAGGCGGGAAGUCCCAGGAGCUGUGGAGCGAGCAAAACAGCCUCAACCAAAUAGACGAGGGGCCCACCAGUGACGUCACCCUCUCUCUGGACGCCAUUGACGAGUACGCCUAUCCAGACUACAGAGGUAAAGGCUGCAUGGAUGAGAGCGGCUUUGUGUUCGCCAUCGGGGAGCAGUUCACCCCGGGCCCUUCAACGUGCCCUUGCCUCUGUACAGACGAGGGCCCUCUGUGCUCUAAGCCAGAAUGUCCCAAGGUUCACCCUCGCUGCAUUAAAGUGGACACUAGCCAAUGCUGCCCGCAGUGCAAGGAGAAAAAAAACUACUGCGAGUUCCGGGGAAAGAUCUACGCCUCGCUAGAAGAGUUUAAGGUGUCUCCAUGUGAGAAGUGUCGAUGUGAACCAAGUGGGGAGGUGUUGUGCUCUGUGGCAGCCUGCCCUCAGACAGAGUGUGUGGACCCGGAGUAUGAGCCGGAUCAGUGUUGUCCCAUCUGCAAGGGCGGGCCAAAUUGCUAUGCGGACACAGCAGUGAUACCGGCCGGCCGAGAGGUGAAGAUUGAUGAGUGUACAAUCUGCUACUGCACAUACGAGGAGGGCACAUGGCAGAUUGAACGUCAGGCCACCUGCAGUAAGAACGAGUGCCAGCGCAGCUAG